GUAUCUUGAAACUUUACUGAAUUUAUUUAUCAGAUCUAGGGGCUUUUUGGAUAAGUCUUUAGGGUUUUCUAGGUAUAUGAUUAUAUCAUCGGCGAACAGCAAGUUUGACUUCCUCUUAAUCAAUUUGGAUGCCUUUUUUUCUUUCUCUUGUCUGGUUGCUGUGGCUAGGACUAGUCACUACUUUAAAAUGCCAAUAAUUCAGCAAGGACCAUAAGUUGUAAAUAGGAACGGGUAAGUCAGUGUAUAAUGAAGACCACUAGAGAGAUUCAGGUGAUGUGCCUUGGGAAUUCAUGUGGAGGUGGCAUUGAUUAGAUUCUGGUCAUCAUUGUAACUAAGCCCAUGGAAUCUAUAUGGAAGUUAGUGAAUAUAUUCUGUAAGCUUUUACUGUCUAAUUUUUUCUUCAAGUGAUGUUAGAUAAAAAGCGAAACUAGGCCAGGCGUGGUAGCUCAUGCCUGUAAUCCCAACACUUUGGGAGGCCUAGGAGGGAGGAUCUCUUGAGCCCAGGAGUUUGAAACAAGCCUAGGUAACAUAGUAAGACCCUGCCUCUAAAAAAAUUUUUUUUAAUUAGCCAGGCAUGGUGGUGCACACCUUUAGUGCCAGCCACUCAGGAGGCUGAGGCAGUAGGAUUACUUGAACCCAGAAGCCUGAGUUUGCAGUGAGCUAUGAUCACACCACUGUACUCCAGCCUGGGUGACAGAGCAAGACCCUCUGCCCCUUAAAAAAAAAAAAAAAGAGAGAGUUUAGCAGUAGUCUGGAUGACACUGUGGCUAAGUGGCAAAAUAAACCCACCUUUUAAUAUAUAAAUUUGUGUGUGAGUGUAUGUAUGUGUGUACACAUGUAUUUUUUAAGUUAAUGUAUGAACAAUGUUAAAAUGAUUAUGAAAUAUAUUCAAAAAAGAAAAUCAAGAUAGCAACUAAAAGAAAAGUAAUGGUAACAUAUUAUCAUGUUGUAAUGUAACAGAAUAAAUUACCAGACUUUCUCAAUGUGUUGAUGUCCUAUAGCCUGUGCCUCAAUGCUUGUCUGUCUUUUUAAUGAUCCAAUGAUAUUGUACAUUCUGUUUUUUCAUCUUAAUUUUCCGUUGACAGUAUAUCUGAAAUUUUUAAAUUUUAUUAGAUACGUUUCCCUACUUAGCAUCUGAUAGCUUCUUGGUAUUCUAUUACAUGUAUAUUUUGUAUUUAGCAAGGCAGUUUGUGCUCAACACAGAACCAGGCCUAAACAUUUCCUCCUGUGCUGUGUUCUCUCUCAUAUUUUGACCAAUUUCAACUGAUUCUGAUGCCAUAGAAGAGGUUCUAGUUUGAGGCCAGGCGCGGUAGCACAUGCCUGUAAUCUGACUAGUUUGGGAGGCCAAGGCGGGUGAAUCACCUGAGGCCAGGAGUUCAAGACCAGCCCCGCCAACAUAGUGAAACCCCGUCUCUACUAAAAAUACAAAAAAAAUUAGCUAGCUGUGGUGGUGUGCACCUGUAGUCCCAGCUACUUGGGUGGCUGAGGCAGGAGAAUCGCUUGAACCUGGGAGGCAGAGGUUGCAGUGAGCCGAGAUCUCACCACUGCACUCCAGCCUGGGCAACAGAGCGAGUCUCCAUCUCAGAAAAAAAAAAAAAAAAAAAAAAGAAGCUUCUAGUCUGAACGAUAAGUCCUCUCUCAGCCUUGGAAGGUGGGAAUGAAGGCAAGUGAAUCUUCUCAUGGAGAAACUGAGCAGCCUAAUCUCAAGUCUAGAUCAGCCUUCCCAAAUUGGAGCCUUGUCCAGAAAACCUCUUGCUAUCUUGUCUGGAUCUGGCUUUAGUGAGCCAUUGACUUACUCUAAAACUACCUUUGUAUAGCUGGGUUUCCUGGGGUGUGAAGGAGUGCUUAGAUUCAUUGUCUGUUUUUCCCUAAGUUAUAUGUUCAGUUGUGAGGGAUUAAUUUGGAAGGAGAAAUAGAGGAGCAGAAAGAUUUUAUUAAAUUAAGUCAUAUUGGGAACACUAACAUCUCUUUUCUUCUCUCAGCUCUGGAUUCUCUGGAGUUUGAAUGUUUCCAGUAUUGGAACCCCACCAAGUAGGACUGAUCAGGUCUUACAAUUCUAAAACCAUGACCUGUUUUCAGGAAUUAGUGACAUUCAGGGAUGUGGCCAUAGACUUCUCUCGGCAGGAGUGGGAAUACCUGGACCCUAAUCAGAGGGACUUAUACAGGGAUGUGAUGUUGGAGAACUAUAGAAACCUGGUAUCACUGGGAGGACGUUCCAUUUCUAAACCAGUUGUGGUUGAUUUACUGGAGCGAGGAAAAGAGCCCUGGAUGAUUUUGAGGGAAGAAACACAGUUCACAGAUUUGGAUUUACAGUGUGAGAUAAUCAGCUACAUAGAAGUACCCACUUAUGAAACAGAUAUAUCCUCUACACAACUUCAGAGCAUAUAUAAGAGAGAGAAACUCUAUGAAUGUAAGAAAUGUCAGAAGAAAUUUAGUAGUGGUUAUCAACUUAUUCUACAUCACAGGUUUCAUGUUAUUGAGAGACCCUAUGAAUGCAAAGAGUGUGGGAAGAACUUUCGUAGUGGCUAUCAACUUACUCUACAUCAAAGAUUUCAUACUGGUGAGAAACCCUAUGAAUGUACAGAAUGUGGGAAGAACUUUAGAAGUGGUUAUCAGCUGACUGUGCAUCAGAGAUUUCAUACUGGUGAGAAAACCUAUGAAUGUAGGCAGUGUGGGAAGGCCUUUAUAUAUGCCUCACACAUUGUUCAACAUGAGAGAAUUCACACUGGUGGGAAGCCGUAUGAAUGUCAGGAGUGUGGGAGGGCCUUUAGUCAAGGUGGACAUCUUAGAAUUCAUCAGAGAGUUCAUACUGGCGAAAAACCAUAUAAAUGUAAGGAAUGUGGGAAGACUUUUAGUAGGCGCUCAAAUCUUGUUGAACAUGGGCAGAUUCAUACUGAUGAGAAGCCAUACGUAUGUGAGAAAUGUGGAAAAGCCUUUAGAAGAGGUCACCAACUUACUGUACAUCAGAGUGUUCACACUGGUAAAAAGCCAUAUGAGUGUAAAGAAUGUGGGAAGGGCUAUACCACUGCCUCAUACUUUCUUCUACAUCAGAGAAUUCAUAAAGGUGGAAAACCCUAUGAAUGUAAGGAGUGUAAGAAAACCUUUACUUUGUAUAGAAAUCUUACUCGGCAUCAGAAUAUUCAUACUGGUGAGAAACUUUUUGAAUGCAAGCAAUGUGGGAAGACCUAUACUACUGGUUCAAAACUCUUUCAACAUCAGAAAACUCAUACUGGCGAGAAACCCUAUGAAUGCAAGGAAUGCGGAAAGGCCUUUAGCUUGUAUGGCUACCUUAAACAACAUCAGAAAAUUCAUACUGGCAUGAAACGCUUUGAAUGUAAGGAGUGUAAAAAAACCUUUACUUUGUAUAGAAAUCUUACUCGACAUCAGAAUAUUCACACUGGUAAGAAACUUUUUGAAUGUCAGGAAUGUGGGAAGGCCUAUAGUACUGGCUCAAACCUUAUUCAACAUCGGAAAACUCAUACUGGUGAGAAACCCUAUAAAUGUAAGGAAUGUGGCAAGACCUUUAGCUUGCAUGGAUAUCUUAAUCAACAUCAGAAAAUUCAUACUGGUGUGAAACCCUAUGAAUGUAAGGUAUGUAGAAAAACCUUUACUUUCUAUAGAAAUCUUACUCUACAUCAAAGUAUUCAUACUGAUGAGAAACCUUUUGAAUGUAAGGAAUGUGGGAAGACCUUUAGACGUAGUUCACACCUUACUGCACAUCAGAGCAUUCAUGCUGAUAAAAAACCCUAUGAAUGUAAAGAAUGUGGAAAGGCCUUUAAAAUGUAUGGCUACCUUACCCAACAUCAGAAAAUUCAUACUGGUGGAAAACCUUAUGAAUGUAAAGAAUGUGGGAAGGCCUUCAGUCGUGCUUCAAACCUUGUUCAACAUGAGAGAAUUCAUACUGGUGAGAAACCCUAUGUGUGUAAGCAGUGUGGGAAAACCUUCAGAUAUGGUUCAGCCCUUAAAGCCCAUCAGAGAAUUCAUAGGAGCAUAAAAGUGUAAGACCGUAAGGAGUAUGAGCGUGCCAUUCAUCAUCAGACAGUCCACACUGGUGAGAAAUGAUGGAAUGUUAGUCUUAUAGGUAUGGCUUUAGCAAUUGAGAGAGUUCAAAAUGCAGAUCUUGCCACAUUAGAAAGCAUUCAAUGUCAGUCCUGUUUUAAUGGAAUAUCUGACUAUUCAAUGGUAAAUUAAGAAAAAAAAAAAAAACAGGAAUCCCAGUUUCUUCAUGCCUACAACAUCCAUGGCAUGGAUUUUUUUUAAAAAAAUUUAAUAAUUAAGGCUGGGUGCGGUGGCUCGCCUGUAAUCCCAGCACUUUGAGAGGCCAAGGUGGGCGGAUCACGAGGUCAGGAGAUAGAGACCAUCCUGGCUAACACGAUGAAACCCCGUCUCUACUAAAAAUACAAAAAAUUAGCUGGGCAUGGUGGCAGGCGCCUGCAAUCCCAGCUACUCGGGAGGCUGAGGCAGGAGAAUAGUAUGAACCCGGGAGGCAGAGCUUGCAGUGAUCAGAGAUCGCGCCACUGCACUCCAGCCUGGGCAACAGAGCGAGACUCCAUCUCAAAAGAAAAAAAAAAACUUAUUAAUUAAAAGGAUGAUCAAAAGCCUUUCAUACUAGAUUUCAAUGGCUGUGUUACAAAUUACCACAAGCCUUAAUGUCUUACCACAACAAUAAACAUCACUCAUAGGUUCUGAGGGUCAGAAAUUCGGAAGAGGCUUAACUGAGCGCUUUUAAAUUGGUCUUUCCAUGAGCUUGCAGUCUUCUGAAGGCUCGUUGGGGCUGAAGGAUCUGUUUUCCAGGUGGCUCGCUCACACUGGCAGGCUGGCUUAGACAGUGAGAGUGCCAGGAGAAAGCUGUGACUUUGGAGCAGCUUUUUGUUUGUUUGUUUGUUUGUUUUUGUUUUUGUCUUUGUUUUUUGAGACAAGGUCUUGCUCUAUCACCCAGGCUGGAGUGCAGAGGCAUGCUCAUAGCUCACUGCAGCUUUCAACUUCUGGGCUCAAGCAAUUUGGGUGGCUUCUUGAGCAUAUUUUGCAUGAUGUAGAAAUAUAAGCAAUUUGUACUCAGAAUGCCAGUCGUGGUGUUUUAAAAAUAUGUCCUCAAAUUCUUGAAACUCUACCCUUCAAACUUGAAGUCUGGCCAGGCACGGUGACUUACGCCUGUAAUCCCAGCACUUUGGGAGACCGAGGCCUAGCCAGGCGUGAUGGCACACGCCUGUAGUCCCAGCUACUAGGGAGGCUGAGGCAGGAGAAUCGCUUGAACUUGGGAGGCGGAGGCUGCAGUGAGCUGAGAUCGUGCCUCUGCACUCCAGCCUGGGCAACAGCAUGAGACUCCGUCUCAAAAACAGAAACAGCAAAUAAAAAAACCUGAAGUCCAAUUCCCCUCCCUUUGCAUGUGAGCUGAACCUAGUCACUUGCUUCUAAUGAACAGAAUCUUCAGGAUCGCCUUUCCCUGGUGCUCAUGCUCACUUGUUCAUUCACUCUCGUGCAAAUCCGGCCUCCUCUACCUAGGGCUUCUGCAGAGGCUGCUGACAGAACCUUUUAUAGAAGUUUCAUUGAAUGGUGAUUCUCAUAAUUGUCACAUUAGAUAUUGCUGGAGUCUUAACCAAGGGUUUUUAACAGUCAUACUCUAUCUGUUCUUUGGAGAACAGAUAACCUGCUGUGAAGUGCCCGCUCUGCUCCCUCUCUGAAAUAAUCAUUGUGUUAAUGUUGAGGCCAUGCUUCCUAUGGGCUGCCCCCAGCCCCUUUUCUGAGCAUAACAUAAGUAUUCAUGCUAGUCAAUUCUUACGAAACCCAGACCCUUCAGCUGGGAAACUGUGAAUCAGCCAGGCUUAAACUGUUUUCAUACUGCCCCGCGUUUUCAUAGCUUUUCUACCAAUCUUGCUUCAUCCCUCUCCUUCAGAGUCAUCCAUCUUGUACCAUGGCCUGAAGGCUUUCACUGCCUUUCCUGGACCUCUUUUUCAUUCAUAGCCCCCUCCUUCCUUCUGAUCUGAUCUUGCUUUUUGCUUUUCAGAGGAUCAAAAUGAACACAUACCCUAAGGUUACCUACAUACUAUGUUUCCCUAACAGCACUCUGGAUUUUAUCUUUGUCCAGAGACCAUUUCUGAAGUUUAGCAUCAUUCGCUUUCUGGAGAGGCUGGGAGUUUCCAAAAGCAAGUCCUGGUUCACUUCUGUUUAACAAUCUUUUUCUAGCUUAUCUCACUUCUAGCACUUAAGCAACAAGAAGCAAGACACCUUCAACAUUCUGCUUGGGAGUCUCCUAAGCUAAAUUACCCACUUUUUUUGUUGCUGUUGUUUGUUUGUUUUUGUUUCUUAAAGACACAAUCUUGCUUUGUCACCCAAGUUGGAGUGCAGUGGUGUGAUCAUAGCUCACUACAACCUUGAACUCCCGGGCUCAAGUGAUCCGCCCAUCUCAGCCUCAGGAGUAGCUAGGACUACAGGUAUAUGCACAACUACAUCUAGCUAAUUCUUUUUUUUUUUUUUUUUGGUAGAGAUGAAGUCUCCCUAUGUUGCCUGAGCUGGUCUCAAACUCUUGAUCCUCCUACCUUGACCUCCCAAAGUGCUGGGAUUAUAGCACGAGCCUGGGCCAGUUACACAGUUCUGUAGGUAUUAUUUUGUACUUUUCACAGUUACCACAUGCAGCCAUAUUGCUUUCUGCUGUUACAUAACAAGAAUCCCUUCCCCCAGUCUCCAGUAACAUUUUUCAGUUUCUUUAAGCCCUCACUAGGAGCUCCUCAGAAAUAUCCAGGUUUCUGCUAAUAAUAUUUUCCAGGCACUUCCAAUUUCCACCCAGUUUGUGGUCCCAAUGCCCCUCUGACAUUUGUAGCUUUUUGUUUCAAUAGCAUCCCUUGUCUAGGUACCAAAAUCUGUUAUCUCAUGCCACAUUCCAAAGAACCUGAAGAAUUAGUGGCUUAAAAUGCCAAUAAAUGUGUGUUUUUCUCACAGUUUCUGUGAGCCAGAAAUUUGGGAGCAGCUAAGCUAGGCAGUUCUAGCUCCAAGUGUCUCAAGAGGUUGUGCUUAUCUAAAGGCUUGACUAUAGCUGUAGGAUAUGCUUUCAAAUGGCUUAGUUCUGUGGCUGAUAAGUUUAUACUGGCAAGUCGUUUCUUCUCCCAAGGGGCCUUGUCCAUAAGCUGCUUGAGUGUGCUUGUGACGUGACAGUCAGAUGUGAUCCUUUUUAUAAUCUCUCUUUGGAAGUUAGUUCUGCCACGUUCUGUUUGUUCCCAGAAAAUCACUAAGUCUGGCCUACAUUCAGUAAGAGAGGAAUUAAGUUUCACCUUUUUUUUUUUGAAGGCAGGAUCUUUCACUGUCGUCCAGUGGAGUGCAUAUGGCUAACUUCAGCCUCAACCUCCUGGGCUUCAGUGAUCCUCCUGCUUCAGCUUCCCGAGUAGCUGGGACUACAGGUGUGCGUCACCAUGCCCAGCUAAUUUUUAAAUUUUGUAGAGAUGGGGGUCUCACCAACUUGCCCAGGCUUGUCUCAAACUCCUAAGCUCAAGCAGUCUUCCCACAGUGUUCCCAAAGUGCUGAGAUUAUAGGCGUGAACCACUGUGCCCAGCCCACUUUCACUUUUUAAAGAGAGAAAUGUCAGAACAUUUGCAGACAUAUUUUUAUUUUUAAAUCACCACACCUGACACCACUCAAUCAUUGUUGAAGUCUCAAAAAUUAGUACUAAUAAACUAACUUGUUAAUGUCACAUAUGCAAUAGUGCUUUUAGCCAUGGCACAUGCCUUACCUGUCACCACUGCCACAUAACUCCCUGUGUGUCAUUGGCCAAGAUAUUUAUCAUCUAUGGGAAUUAUUUGCAAAGUAUAAUCAAGAGCCUACAUGAAACCCAGGCAUGGUGGCGCACACCUGUAGUCCCAGCUACUCGGGAGACUGAGGCGGGAGGAUCGCUUGAGGCAAGAGUGUAAGGCUGCAAGUGCUCUAUGAUGGUGCCUGUGAAUAGCCACUGCACACCAGCCUGGCUUUUUUAGGCCCCAUCUAAAAAGAAAAAAGGUACAUAAGAGUCCUAUUAUGCGGAUGUGGCCGAAAUUAUACUUGUCAAAACCUGGGAAGACUGUUUGGCAUAUAGCGUUAUGCUCAAUAAAUAUGAGCUAUUGGCCGGGCGCAGUGGCUUACGCCUGUAAUCUCAGCAGUUUGGGAGGCUGAGGAGGGUGGAUCACAUGUCAGGAGAUCGAGACCAUCCUGGCUAACAUGGUGAAACCCCAUCUCUACAAAAAAUACAAAAUAUUAGCCGGGCGUGGUGACACGCACCUGUAGUCCCAGCUACUCAGAAAGGCCGAGGCAGGAGAAUCACUUGAACCUGGGAGGCGGGAUCAUGCCACUGCACUCCAGCCUGGGUGACAGAGCGAGACUCCAUCUUAAAAUAAAUAAAUAAAUAAAUAUGACCUAUUAUAGAUAUCAUUAUUAUUUGUGUUGCUGAUAAUUAAUUUUUAUGAAAGAUUCUAAUAGCAUAAUUAAUUUAGAACAGCUUCUGAAAGCCACUCAUCUAUUAUUAAAUUUUAUAUAAUUUUGGAAAUUAAGAAUAUGAUUUUAGCAUGUCUAAAGAUUUUGACUAGGUGCAGUGGCUCACACCUCUAAUCCCAGCAGUUGAGGAAGCCAAGGCUGGCAGAUCACCUGAGGUCAGGAGUUCAAGAACAUCCUGGGCAACAUGGCAAAACCCCAUCUCUACUAAAAAUACAAAAAUUAUCUGGGCAUGGUGGCACACACCUGUAAUCCCAGCUACUCGGAGGGCUGAGACACGAGAAUCGCUUGAACCCAGGAGGCGGAGGUUGCAGUGGGCCGAGAUCACACCGCUACACUCCAGUUUGAGUGACAGAGUAAGACUCCGUCUCAAAAAAAAAAAAAAAAAAAGAUUUUGCAUAUGUUGUUUUGUUUUGCUUUUGCUUUUUUAAUUUUUUGUGGAGAUGGGGUCUCACUAUGUUGCCUAGGCUGGUCUCAAACCCCUGGCCUCAAGCAAUCCUCCUGCCUUGGCUUCCCAAAUUGCUGGGAUUAUAGGCAUGAGCCACUGUGCCUGGCCAAGAUUUUGAUAAUAGCCAACAGUUCAUAUUUUCUGUUAACAAUUUAAGAUAAAGUAGGAAUUAAUAAUGGGCUAUCAAGAAGUAAAUUGUUGUCUUGGAGGUUUUCCCUAAAUUUGAAAUGUACAUUUUAAUUUAACAUACAGAAAAAUUGAAAGAAUUGUUUAGUAACCCACCAUAUAUGUUUACAUUCAUGUUAUUUGCUUUAUCUUAUUUCAGCUCUUUUUAUCUGCUUAUGUAUGGGUUAUUUCUGUAUCAUUUGAGAGUAAGUUGUAGACAUCAUGGCCCUUUGCCUUUAAAUAUAUGCAAAUUUCCUGGAUAACUGUGAUACUAUAAUCAUACUGGAAAAACGUAAUAAUUUAUAUAGUGUCUUCAAAUAUGUGCCCAAAGAUUUUUUAUAACUACUUAUUUUCUAAUCAGUAUCCACUCUUGGUUAAUUCAUUGCAUUUGGGAUUUUUUUUUAAUUUAUUCUUUUUCUCUAGGAUAAUAUCCCCACUUUUUCAUGCUUUUGAAUUUUUCUUUUCCUUUUUUUUUUUUUUUUUUUUUUUGAGACAGAGUCUCGCUCUGUCACCAGGCUGGAGUGCAGUGGUGCGAUCUUGGCUUACUGCAACCUCUGCCUCCCGGGUUCAAGCAAUUCUGCCUCAGCCUCCCAAGUAGCUGGGACUACAGGUGCAUGCCACCACACCCAGCUAAUUUUUGCAUUUUUAGUAGAGAUGGGACUUCAUCAUGUUGGCCAGGAUGGUCUGGAUCUCUUGACCUUGUGAUCCACCCGCCUUGGCCUCCCAAAGUGCUGGGAUUGCAGGCGUGAGCCACCACACCCAGCCUGAAUUUUUCUUUUUUAAGUACCCAAAGAAUGUCCCACAUUCUUGAUUUCUGCUUCACAGUAUGAUUUAACUUGUUGCUCUGUCCCUCGUUUUCCCAUAAAUUGGCAGUUAUGUCUAGAAAAUUCAUUAGGUUGAGAUUUUUGUCAAGAACAUCUCAUGAAUGAUGCUGCAGACUUCUGAAAGCAUAUCAGGUUUUUAUAUGAUUAUUUAUGCUACACUGUAAAGCUUGCUUAAAGAGGCAACUGUCGGCUCUCCAUUGAACAAUUCCAUUUUGCAUUAGUAAUCUGAUGGGUGCUACAUUGAUCCGUUAAUUUGAAAACAUAAUCCCUUUAAUUCAGGAAACAAGGAUUGAAACAAAAAGAUGUCAUUGUAUUCAUCUCUCUGUGUAGCACAUAUGAACUGCCUGUUAAAGGUUAGACUAUAAAUCUGUGGAUAGAAACAAUGUUAAUAUAUGAGGCUAGAAGAAAGGAAAACAAAUAUACCAAUAUUAAGAAAAAAUUAAUAAAACUAGAUAAAGAGAUUAAUGAUUAGGAAAUAAAACUAGUUUUUAUUCAAAUCUUACCCCCUCCCAUUUUGUGGAACAUGAGCUAAAUCUCUAGAUAUAAUCAAGAAAAAUUUUAAAAGAGAGAUAUGAAGAAAAUGUUUUAAAUUAAAAGUUAAUUUUUGCCGGGCACAGUGGCUCACGCCUGUAAUCCCAGCACUUUGGGACGCCGAGGCAGGUGGAUCAUUUGAGGUCAGGAGUUCGAGACCAGCCUGGCCAGCAUGAUGAAACCUCAUCUCUACUACAAAUACAAAAAUUAGCUAGGCAUGGUGGCAUGCGCCUGUAAUCCUAGCUACUUGGGAGGCUGAGACAGGAGAAUCGCAUGAACCUGGGAGGCGGAGAUUGCAGUGAGCCGAGAUCAUGCCAUUGCACUCCAGCCUGGGCAAUAGAGCGAGACCCAGUCUCAAAAGAAAGAGUUAAUUUUUGAUGUUUAUAUCAAAAUAUUUAGCAAUCUCUAAUGUAUUUUGAGAAGGAAUUAUAUUUGUGAAAGAAUAUAGUUUUUCAAAAUGACAUAGAUAUUGUAGGAAAUCGGAAUUUUUAAAACAUGAUUGAAAACAAGAUGAGUUUCACUCAUUAGGGUAAAUGGAAAAUUUCUGAGUAUGAUAUCAGCAAACUCUAAGAUUCUUUUAAAAUAAUUGUGCAAUAGUCAUUUUUCUGGCAGAGUCAAUUCAUUCUUCUGGUUCAAUAUAUUCUAGACAAAUGAAAGAAAAGGAAUGUUGAUCUGUGUUUAUCCUUGUAAUUUUUCUAAGCUUUAUAAACAGUUUUGUAAAUGGGAUGAAUUAUGUGCACGAUACCAUCAAUUCUAAAAACUACCUUUUUAAAAACCUUUUGGAAAUCAGGAUUGCAGUUGAUAACUACCUAAACUCACUUCCAGCCCUAUAAAAAUUACUUUUCCAAACUAAGGAGCAUCACGCAUUAUGCAUUGUCAGCCAAAGUUCUGUAGUGUCAGCGUGAUCAUUCGUUGUGUCUGUGUCAGUGUGAUCGUUCGUUGUGUCUGUAGUGUCAGCGCGAUCAUUCGUUGUGUCUGUAGUGUCAGCGUGAUCAUUCAUUAUGUCUGUAGUGUCAGCGUGAUCAUUGUGUCUGUAGUGUCAGCGUAAUCAUUUGUUGUGUCUUUAGUGUCAGCGUGAUCAUUCAUUGUGUCUGUAGUGUCAGUGUGAUCAUUCGUUGUGAUCUACAUGCUCAUAUCCCUUUUGUCCACAAAGGAAAUAAUUCACCUUUAAAUAUUAACAUCAUUUCCCCUAUGCAAUUUUAAGUUUUGAUAAUGAAAUAAAACACAAUGCAGAAUGAUUUUGCUAUAGGUUAGAUGACCACUGUACUUGAUAAUUGAAAAAUGGUUUAUGUUCUUAGACAAGCCAAUGAAGUAAUCUCCUGCUCUUGGAACAAACAAAAACCACAUGAUUAGCCUCUCACAAGAUUGGCGUGCACUGUGGUAUAGAAAGUUUGUUUGCCUUUCCAUAACCCAGUGUAUCUAAGAAUUACCUCGGAACUUCCAUUUCUAUUAAUAUUACCUACUAACACUUAAGUCUGAGUGUGGUGGCUCAUGCUUGUAAUCCCAGCACUUUGGGUAAGGCCGAGGUGGUCGGAUCGCUUGAGGUCAGGAGUUGAAGACCAGCCUGGCCAACAUGGUGAAACCCCAUCUCUACUAAAAAUACAAAAAUGAGCCAGGUGUGGUGGCGCAUGCCUGUAAUCCCAGCUGCUCUGGAGCCUGAGGCAGGAGAAUCACUUGAACCCGGAGGCGUAGGCUGCAGUGAGCCGAGAUUGUGCCACUGCAUUCCAGCCUGGGUGACAGAGUGAGACUCUGUCUCAAAAAAAAAAAAAAAAAAAAAAAAAAAAUCGGG